UUGGCGGACCACCCUCUUUGGUAUGCAGGAGGACCGACGUCACUGUUUGUGCUAUUCUGGGGAAGAUGGCGGAAGCUGCGGCGGUUCCCCCGCAUCGGUUCUUCUGUCAUUGUUGUAAGGGAGAAGUAAGCCCCAAGCUCCCGGAGUACAUCUGUCCCAGGUGUGAGUCUGGCUUUAUAGAGGAGGUAACAGAAGAUUCCAGUCUGCUAGAGGGGGUCAGGGGUGGGGGGAUGCAAAUGUCUACUCCCUUCCACUGUCCCUCUCUCUCCCUUCCACUGUCCCUCUCUCUCCCUUCCACUGUCCCUCUCUCUCCCUUCCACUGUCUCUCUCUCUCCCUUCCACUGUCUCUCUCUCUCCCUUCCACUGUCCCUCUCUCUCCCUUCCACUGUCCCCCUCUCUACCUCUCUCUCUACCUCUCUCUCCCUUCCACUGUCCCUCUCUCUCCCUUCCACUGUCCCUCUCUCCAUUCCCCCUCCUCCCACCCUCCCUGUUUUCACCCUCGCCCCUCAUUUCUCUCUCAGCAGCUGUGGCACCUGUUGUUUGUAGAGAGGCCUUUCACAGUGGAUGGUGACAGUCCAGACUCAGAGCCCCGGGUCCCUGGUGGAGGGGUUGGGGUAGGAUCGGGGGGGUUAGGUCUGGGGGGGCUGGGAGGGCUAGGAGGCCUGGGAGGAGGUCCUAUCGGAGGGUCAGUCCCUGCUGGGCUAGGAGGACCCCUGGGGGGUCCUCUGGGAGGGGGGGAACACUGGGGGCCCGGUCGCCCCCCUCGCCUGCACAGUCAGCGGAGGUACCGCUCCAGAGGGAGCAGCAGACCUGACCGCUCACCUGCCGUAGAGGGGAUAGUACAACAGUUUCUGGCUGGUCUAUUUGCCAACUCUGGAGUUCCUGGCUCACCUCCCCUCUCUUGGACGGGGAUGCUCCACUCUAACCCAGGGGACUAUGCUUGGGGACAGGGGGGACUGGACGCAGUCAUCACACAGUUGUUAGGUCAGUUUGAGAACACGGGUCCUCCUCCUGCAGAGAAAGAGAAGAUCUCCUCCAUACCUACAGUCAACGUGUCUCAGGAUCAAGCAGACUGCAGUAUGGAGUGUCCGGUGUGCAAGGAGGACUUUGCAGUGGGAGAGCCCGUCAGACAGCUACCCUGCAACCACUUCUUCCACUCAGACUGUAUAGUACCCUGGCUGGAAAUGCAUGAUACGUGUCCUGUGUGUAGGAAGGGGUUGAAUGGAGAAGACAGCAACACCCAGAACCCCCCAGAAUCCCCCUCUCUAAAUACGGACCCCCGCACACAGGAGAGAUGGUCCUUCUGAAAUACACCUCCCCCUCAUCCCUCCAUCCCCUUACCUCUCCUCUGACCUCCUUUUAAUCUCUCAUCCGUCCUUCAUUCCACUUUUUUGACCCUCAAACCCCCCCUUCUCUAUGAACUACUGCACACGGGAGAUAAGGACUUUCUGAAGGAUAGACCUCCUCCAUCUCUGCCUCAUUCCUUCAUCUCACUCCUCCUCUCUGAAUCAUCUCUUCAUCUACAGUGAUAAGAUGGUCAUCUUAGUAUGACUGUUCCUGUCUCAAUUCCCCUGGAACCAUGUUCACACAGAGUACACACACAUAUAUCAUGAUUCAGUAGAACCACACACACGUCAUGAUCCAUUAGCUGUCCUCUGCCUCAUCAUGACCAAGCACUUGCCUUUACCUCGCUUCAAACAUCUCGCCUUUUCUACUGUUUUCUCCAUAUUCCUCUUUUUCCAUCCUUCUGAAAAGCACUGCUGUAAAACAAUGUCUCUCCCUACCUGUCUACUCCUGGGAUGCAUCUCAAUAGUCUAGUGGCUUCCUCUCCUCCUCAUCUGCACUGAACAUGGUGGAUGCUCACCAGGAAUUUGGUUUUGCCUUUCUAGCUCUGUCACAUCAGUGCAGAAAGGAGACAUCAUUUUGACUAUUGAGACGGGGCCCACAACAAUCUUCUGUCAUUCUGGUGUAUAUAUUACAAACAGAUUGCAUCGCUCUGUCAUUCUGGUGUAUAUAUUACAAACAGAUUGCAUCGCUCUGUCAUUCUGGUGUAUAUAUUACAAACAGAUUGCAUCGCUCUGUCAUUCUGGUGUAUAUAUUACAAACAGAUUGCAUCGCUCUGUCAUUCUGGUGUAUAUAUUACAAACAGAUUGCAUCGCUCUGUCAUUCUGGUGUAUAUAUUACAAACAGAUUGCAUCGCUCUGUCAUUCUGGUGUAUAUAUUACAAACAGAUUGCAUCUG